GUCCCUAUCCCCAUCCAUGACUUCAUCCCCAUCCCUGUCCCUAUCCCCAUCCAUGGCUCCAUCCCCACCGCUGUCCUUAUACCCAUCCAUGACUCCAUCCCUAUCUCUAUCCCCACCCCUAUUCCCAUCCCCACCCGCACCCCCGUCCCCACACACCCGCAUCCCCAUCCCUGUCCCCAUCCCUGUCGCCGUCCCUCCCGCUGAGGCGUUCCGGGAAGUCAGCGCCGGGACCGGGCUAUAAGAAUGGGCGGGCGAGCCCGGCACGGCGGGUUUCGGUCUCGCCGCUGCCAGCAAUGAGCCGCCGCCUGCUCUGCACCCUCGCCGUGCCCGCCGGGACAGCGCUGGCCGCUGCCGCGGCGGGGAUGCAGAUCUUCUGCCAGGCAGACGAGACCCCCGGUGGGGAAAAGGCCAGCGUGAGGGAGGCAAAGGCAAACACCACCAAGUGGUGGCUGGGCCAAAGGGCGAAACACUCCACAAGGAACGGCAAGGUAUGUGACCUGUCCGGCUGGUGGAAGAAUGACCUGGGCUCCAAGAUGCUUGUGGAAAAGGUUGACAGCCAGGGCAACUUCUUGGGCGAGUACCACACUGCCGUGUCCAGCACCCAGAAACCCAUCAAGCCAUCCCCCCUUGUUGGCUCCCAGCACCUGGAUGCGGAUGGGCGUUGCACCUUCGGAUUCACCGUCAACUGGUCUUUUUCUGACUCCACCGCUGUCUUUGUGGGCCAGUGCUUUGGUGAGGACAGCAAGGAGGAGGUCCUGCAGACCUCCUGGCUGCUGCGGGAGAAGGUCGAUUCCCAACAAGAUGACUGGAAAGCCACCAGGGUGGGACACAACACCUUCAAGAGGAUAGCCUGAAAGGAGGAGAGAGAACCUUCUUACUGCAGUUCAAGAGAGCAGAAGGUGCCUGAGCACCACCAGUGUGUAGCAGGGUUGUUACCAGCCCUGAGGGAAGAUGCGCCCCAAAACCCAAAUAAAAUUAAUUAUUUUUCCUUCAAACUCAA